CAUACAGGACCUCACCACACGGGUCAAGAAGGUUUCUUUCGCCUCAAUUCUACUCUGAAGCUCACCUUCUCCUGCUCAAACUGCUGACAAAUGUUUCUACUGCUCUCAAGUCUCGUCUCCAGAACUUCCUAAAAACUCUCCAAGUCUUCUGCUGCAGGUUGCUUUGUAGAACUGUUACAGAAAACUUCACUAAACCACAUGGAGGGCCUCAAGAUAGUCGUCCAAAUGAAACCGUACAAAAACCAAACUAGCACAACCCAAACACUAAAGUCUUCUGCAGCCUACCAGAGAAUCUCUUUAAACAGAGAAUCAGGACAGGAACUCUUACCUUCUGGACAACCAGCAUUGGUUCACAAACAAGAAUACAGAAUGUGUCUGACCAAAUACUUCUAAAGACUCACUACAGCAAAGAUAAAGACACAACUCAGCUGCACCAAAUCCACUAAUCACUGCACACAUUAGCACCAUGUGCUAACUGUGGCUAAAGAACCACAUUUACUAAGACAACUAUCCAGUACAAAGCCCUAAAACACACCAAGAAACACAUUAAAGAUGAUUUUACUGCUGGAAGCUGCAAGCCAACGCCUAAAGAACAAACUAAGGCAAUGGAGCCAAACCCAGUCAGUGAAGAGAAGCAGAGGAAAUGUUUGACUGCAGACAUAAAGCAGGAAAACACUGAGCUGCUCAGGUGUUCCUGAUAACACCAAGCAGCCACCUGGACAACCAAUAGGAACACAGCUUACUGGAAGUCCAGAGGGCUGGCUUAGUGAAGUAAAUUUAGUUUAAAGUUGAAGCAGAAAGUUAACAAAGAAAGUUGAAAACCACCUUUUGAUACCUGAAAUCUCUGAGUUUUCACACAAAGAAUGCCUGAACUGUCAAACUGGUUUUAUGGCAGAACCUUCACUGUAAAAACGUCUUAGUAUGUUGUGUUGCUCAAAAAACAUUAUGACCGGCUGUCUAGGGUUGCCCAGGAGCGACACAGUAACAGGACAAACGCUGGUUUCCAGGGGGUUAGGCGGCUAUUUAUUUGAAAGAGUAAAUUUACAACAACACAACAUGUGAGCAGAAAAAUCAAAGUCUGUCUUUAGUUCAGCUGAAAGAUUAGUUUUUGUUUUUUUUCUUGACCAAACUUUUCAAGAAGUAGAUGAAGAAUAAUUAAAGCUCUCAUGUAGAAGUCCAACUUAUUUUGGACCCUUGUGGAGAGUUUAAUCUUAGAGUUUGUAAAGCUGUUGAAUUUUUAGAGUCACAUGGAUUGUUUUGACAUUUAAUAACCGAGUCCUGAAAUAAAAUUACAGUUGUGGAUUUCUGUAAUUUUCUCUGGACUAAUCAAAUAACAGCAGCAUAAAUUUCAAAUGUCAUUAUGAGGAGUCUGGACUGAGGUUUCUCACUUGAUAAUGAUCAAAACAUGAAAUUUAGGGUGGUUUAAAGGAAUAUUCCACCUCAAAUAUUUGAAUGUUGACCUAAAAGGUUGGUUUCAGGAAGUAUUCCACCUUUAAGGUCCUCACACAUCCACCUUAAAGGAACAUUCCACCAAAAAUCCCUGGACAUGCACCUAAAAUGUUGGUUUAACCAAUUAUUUAAUCCAAAAUCCUCAAAGAGACCUGAGGGGCUGGUUAAAAGGAAUAUUCCACCUAAAACCUCAACUAGGGCAGUAUGUGUAGCAGCGACAAUCGAAAGAGGUCCUCUCUCGGUGGAAGAACCACAUCCGAGUGGCAUUUCUCUUUCUGCUCUUACCUUACUAAACUCAAGUGCCAUAGAGGACUCCAGUAGUUGAUGUUUCCUACUGCAACCUUCUCUUUUUCAGCUUUCUUCCACGUCCGGUCACUCUCGACCCGGUUUUUGUUGACGUUUUUGACCAUUUUUCCGAGCUUUGACCAAUCCGAGAACAUGAAGUACAUCAUCGGCAUCGGCGGCGUAACCAAUGGAGGGAAAACCACCCUCACCAACUGCCUGAUCAAGAACCUACCCAACUGCUGCAUGGUCCAUCAGGAUGACUUCUUCAAGCCCCAAGAUCAGAUUGAGGUUGGUGAAGAUGGGUUUAAGCAGUAUGAUGUCGUCACUACUCUGGACAUGGGUGCCAUGAUGAGUACGAUCUUCUCGUGGCUGGAGAACCAGGUGAAGUUUGACAAGUCUCAUGGCGUUAAUAACCCCCUGGACACAGAGAUCGUCCCGAAGUCCAACCACAAGGAGGAGGAGACUCACAUCCUCAUUGUGGAGGGCUUCCUGCUUUACACCUACAGGCCUUUGAUCGACGUGCUAAACCAGCGUUACUUUAUUUCCAUCACAUAUGAAGAAGGCAAAAAGAAGAGGUGCUCUAGGAAGAACAUGGUGUCAGACCCCCCCGGCCUGUUCGAUGCCACGUCUGGACCAUGUACCUCGGUAGCAGCUUUCAUUUUUUCUUGCAACUUUUCGAUGGCCCCCCAAAAUAUCUGUUGUACCCCCCUGUGCCCCCUCCACUAAAAUUAAUCUGGAUCUGCCCCUGCAUUCAAACAGCCAAAAUAAAAAAGAACUCUGAGCAUCGUACAAAAA